AUGUCAGAUUUCUUAUCCUCAGUGACACCUUCACAAAGUGUCUCCACGAACUCCAUCUUGACACAACAGCAACAAAGUUUUAUACCCGAGAAAGAUGAGAUCUGGUCAAGUAUUUUAAAAAGCGUUGCUUCUACAAAAAUGGUACCUACCAAGAACGUCUUAAUAUUAGGUGAGCCAGGUGUAGGUAAAUCAACACUUGUCCAAUAUCUAAAGAACGACCCAGGCCCACAACAGCCUUUUGAAAAAGAAGAUCAUACCCCGUUUAGCAGUGCUCCCAGCCAUCUUUAUACCCCAUUCACUGAAGAAGAGGAUAAAAAUGAUUUAGCCUUAGGCUACACAUACGUAGACGUCAAAGAUGAAGAAAAUGAAGCUAUGGCCAGAUUGGGACUAUAUCAACUCGGUCUAUCUUCAUCUGAAUUCUUUCCUCUUUUAAAGUUUGCUAUUCGAGCAGAAACAAUAGCUGAUGCAUGUGUUGUCAUUCUGCUAGACUGGACGCGUCCCUGGAAAUUUGUAGAGACACUGGAGCGCUGGAUCAGUAUAUUACACAGCCUGAUAGAUGAAAUCUGUAAAGAAGGCAUGACGGCUGAUUCUAACUGGAGCAAAGGAAGAGCUAUGGUGGAUGAACUUAAAGAAAAGUUGGAACAUUAUUUACAGACAUACACUGAGCCUUCUCAUAUUAACAAAGACUUGAUUGUUACUGCUUCUACUUCAACAAGCUCCAUGCCUUCUAUUGCAGCCAGUACUAGUUUUACUACCAACACAACCACGACGCCUCUGACCAGUACUCAGCCUAUUUCUUCUACUGCUAUUGACCAUGGUGUGAUGUUGCCCCUUCCUACAGGUUGUUUGACAACCAACCUUGGUAUACCUAUCACUGUUGUUUGUUGCAAAAGCGAUGCAAUAAACACAUUGGAACAGACGCAUGAUUAUACAGAUGAUCAGUUUGAUUAUAUUCAACAAACACUUCGAUGCAUUUGUAUGAAAUAUGGUGCUGCUUUAUUCUAUACUUCUACUCUAAACCCAUACACAUUUCAUAACCUUCGUGAAUACAUCCUUCAUCGUACACUCACAACAUCCUCAAAGCCUUAUCCAUUUCACCUGAAGGCUCAAGUGAUUGAACGUGAUACUGUACUUGUGCCUUCUGGUUGGGAUUCUUGGGGUAAAAUCAAAGUAUUGAGAGAAGGAUUUGAAUGUGACUUUGUAAGUGAAGGCUGGGAUGCAGAUAUGGAUGCUGUUAUGGACCGACAAAAGCCUGCCAACACAGGUGCUCGAGGUAAUUUUGAAGAAGCUAUACCAAAUGGUGAUGCAUCCGAAAUUCAGCCUCAACAUAUACCUGUCACUACCAUGUGUGAAGAUGAACAGUCGUUUUAUGAUCGUCAUUAUGAAAAACUUCAAAAGAAUUCAGACACGCAUGCAAGACAAGGCACAGGCAGCACAGAAAAACCUGGUGUUGUGGGUCCUUUGGCUGUCAAUAACAAUAGUAAUUCAGGUCAAAAUGCGCCUUCUCAUGAAGUCCUUGCCAACUUCUUUCAAUCUCUUCUCAAGACAUCAGGAGGUGCUUCAAGUGGCGGUGGAACAGGAUCACCUACUUCAGCUAGCAUAUUGAAUAGUCAACCCAAUGGCCGUACACACAAAGAUUUAGAUGUAAUGAAGCAGUAUACCGCAAGUAUCAGACUCAACUCAGACUCAGAAAAAAAUUAG